AUGUGGAUUGGUUCUCGGGAGGUGCCAUUUAUUCCAGACAUUAACUUGAUAAGAAAGAAGGGACGGCCGGAGACUCCGGCUUUGGGCUCGCGCAGGAGUGCUUCAGUGACCCGAAUAGAGGAUAUUCAUCCGCGCAUUCGAGAGGGAGUAAUGCGGACAGCACUAGGACCAUUCAUUACUAUGCGGAAAUACACCGUAGACAUGACUCUGGUGACUGCAUUAGUUGAGCGGUGGAGGCCGGAGACCCACACAUUUAUGUUUCCUGAGGGGGAGUGCACAAUAACGCUUCAGGACAUAGCGAUCUUGACGGGACCCCCCAUAAAUGGGGCUGCUGUUACCGGACCUACUAUCAGAGGUUGGGGUAGUGUUACUCGCCGACUGCUUGGGAGAGAUAUGGUAGGGAGCAUAAAUUGUCAGGGAUCUUUUGUUACCACUAGUUGGUUAAUCGAUGAGUUUGAGAGCUUCACACGGAUACCUGAUGCGGCUUCAGAUGAGCAGAUCGACUGGGCAGUUCGGGCGUACUUGUUGUUCCAUCUACAAGCCUGGUGUUUUGCAGACAUGAAAAGCGGGCAGAUCGGAUUGAGGAUUCUUCCACAUCUGGAGGACUUGACGGCAUUAGGGAGCAUUAGUUGGGGUUCAGCGGCGCUCGCACACCUUUACCACGAAAUGUGCUUGUGUACUAUGGUUUCGCAGCAUAGGCGAAACAUUGGGGGGCCGCUUUGGAUUCUUCAGCUUUGGGCAUUCGAGCGCCUUAGACCGUUCAGGCCGAGGUUGAGAUAUCCGGCCAUCACACCGCACUUACCGUUGGGUGACAGAUGGGCGGGUCCGCUAGAUUUUCGACGGGUUCUUCAUCGCAAUUUGGAUGCCAUGAGAUUAGCACUUGAUGUAUUGCGUUACUCAGAUGCGAAUCGAUUGGCAACCAUACACCGAGGAUGUUAUCAGCCAGCUACAUCCUUAUUUUUUGGAUGGUGCUCAGUUCUGGCGUGCCCGCGUGCCACUGAUUUACUAUCAUAUUAUCGAGUGGCACCAGCCGGAUAG